CACUCACAAUUUCCCACUCAUAAAACCUCGAGAUCGCAGUGCGUGUGUACGUGCUUGCGUAGUGAGUAUUUUGUUACCGCGUGCAUCCGAAUACGUUAUAGCUGACGUAGACAAUUCCGUUCCGGCAUCCGAUGAGCACCACUAUCAAGUACAGCUAGCGGUGUUAUGCACGCAGCACCGUUAUCCCGGCACAUCGGAGGUAGGAACGCCGGUUCACUCUGACAAUGACCUCUCACCGCCUCAUCACCGUACAUCUGAUUGGAGAAGUUGAUGUUGAUGAGGGCUCUUCUCGGAAUGACAUCCUUGGAGUUAUCAGAUUGCCACCCGGUGAUAUCUCUCUGGUUGAAGUUAGGCAACUCGUUACGAACGAGCUUCACACUUAUCAGUUGGACUUCACAAUUCUGACGCAAGAAAGGUGUCCUGUAUCAAGGCAGCUAGAAGAGCUUGUCACACUGAACGAUGUUCUUCAAAACUCCACAGCAUUAUUUAUUGCUAGACCAUUCGAGCAACGGCGGAUUGGCAUUAAAAAGUAUGGAGGCCCCGUAAUUGGAUUCAUCUUUGCAGACAGAAAUGAUACCCUAGUGAUGCUCCGUGCCUCUAUAAAGAAGCAGCUGUUAGCGGAUGACUUUGUCUUUCAAGACCGAAAUGGUUGGCCCGUUCAGGCAGACCAGGAAGCCCUACUCACCGGAUGGGAUGCCGUAUCACGUGGUGUCAUAACAAUACAACUGUCUUCGGGUGCAUUGACACCUAUAUGCUCUGAUCGUCCCAACAAGAACUGCAGGAAAAGGAAGAAGGGCAGCACUGGAUUCACACCAAAGAAUGUCUUGGAAAAGGACAUUGUCAUUAGCUAUGCUAGAAGUGAAGCUGUUGAACAUGCAAAGAAGCUUAAGCAAGAGUUGGAGAUGCUUGGAGCAAAAGUGUUUUUGGACCAGUACGAUAUUUUUCCUGGAGACGACUGGCAGAACAGGUUGAACGAUGCCAUUCAGAGCUGCACCAUAUUUGUACCAUUAGUAACUGCGAGGUACGGAAAUACAACAUACACCAAUAAAGAGGUGAAGCUGGCUGACUACAUCGGAAAAUUUGUAAUCCCCGUCAACUUCCUCAAGACGUGGCCUCCUAAUCACCUAGCAAUUCAGUUUGCGUCCAUACAGUACGUUAACUGGAGGACUGAAGAAGAAGUGCAGCAAGGGGUUAAAGAAAGCGACGGGGAGGAAGAGGAAACCGUCCGCAAUUGGGAGACGCCUUCAGUUGAGCGCGUGGCCAGGGAAAUUUAUCGGAUUUUGAUGCAGUACAAAAAGGGAAACGUGCCAAAGCCAGUUGUGGCGGCUGCGGACAGUGGCACUUCUCCUGUUUGCCCAGCCAUACGGCCCUUUGUGGUGAUCAGUGCUCACCCAGAAGAUAAAAAGCUGGGUGCAAAACUUCAGCAGCUGCUGGAGUUCAACUGCUAUGAAACCUGGUGCUCUGCAGACAUGGUUCAUGGAGCGUCCAGCCCCAGCAGUACGGGUACAACACCGUCCACCCCAGUCUCCACUCCCGUUUUUUCGUCCCAGGACAGCAUUCCAUAUAAUGAACUGUGCCCUCCGCCAUCUGCACCUCCUCUGGUGUACCGCACACAGUCUUUUCAUUUCUCUUGCAGCAUGGACGGCACAGAUAGUGACAGUCUGUCACUGAGGAACUGCAGCAGGAAGAAUGAAUUCAGACGGCAAGCACUGAGGGCAGAUGUGGUCAUCCUGUUACUGACAGACAACUACGUUGCAUCAAAAGCUUCACAGCAGCAGGCAUUUUACUGUCUCUUGCGCAAGAAAGUAGUCGUGAUUUCGUGCACGGACAGGGAGCUUCCUGUUGCGCUACAAAAGAGGGUCCAGUUCGCAUCGACUGUCAUGCAGGGAGAUAUCAACGGCUUGGAAAACAAGCUUCCCGACCAGCUACGAAAGGUUCUAACGCAGCCCGAGAAGAGGGUGUUUGACCAAGCUCCGGAGGGGACGAGCAUACUGGAAAGCAAACUAAGGAAAGAGUUGCCAACGGUGGAUUUCAAAGUUUACGUGACGGGAAGCACCCAACUGUCGAGCAAGAAGUCUGAGAACAUCUGCCACGCCAUUGGACAAGAGCUGGCGUCGUUAAACUUUGUAAGCCUGUGUACGUGUGGCUACUUCGGUGUGGAAGAUCUUGUAGCGAAAAGCUUCUGCGAAGAGCGAUCGUUGACUGAGAAGCCUCUGCCGCGUGUCUUCCAUGUGAUGCCUGAGAGGGAAAAGCAGGAUGUGCAUAAUAUAGCCUACCAGAAGGAGGAUGGCACCUUUGGAGGGGUCCCGUACGGUCAGAUGAAAAUAAUCAGCAGCUCGAUUGCCGAAAGGGAUGCUGUGAUAGCUCGUAUCUUCCAAGUAUGCAUUCUAAUAGAAGGUGGACAGUGUACAGCACGCAGGGCAGCAGAAUUUGUUUGGAAUGACAAACCAGUGAUUCCUGUCUUCUGCACAGGCCGCGUUGCUGGCGGAAAUCUUAAACCGGUUACAGACAUUACUGUGCUACAGUCUGUCUACGAGAAUCCACCGCCAGGUGUUGACAGAAGCACGUGGUGCCUCCUGAAGAACCCUAGUGCAUCGGCAGAGGAAAUUGGAAAGGCUGUGAAGAAAAUUGUGAUGAAUCUCUACAGACAUGCACGUAGGCGACCAACGGGAUUCCCUGAAAAGCUGAAGAAGCUUAACAUACCUGGCUAACAGGAGCGUAAUGUCUUCUUUUUUUUUUCCUUUCAUGCGUUUGUUGCAUCAGUCAUCACUAAUGGAAUGUCAAAGCUGCAUAGCAGCUAAGUGAUUACUACGUGAUUUCUUAUACGCAUUAGCAGUAUUCUUUUAAACUUUGUAAAGUGUAUUUGCUAUAAUCGUUUUGUAAAAAGGUGACUUCUGGAAUAAUGCAAAAAAAAAAAGAAGAAAGAAACCUGCAUGAAGAUAAUAGAAUAGAAAGACGUUGAAAGUUCCUGACACUGUAGAUUUUUUUUUAAAUUCAAAUUUCGACUUUUUUUAAAUUUUUGUUAGGCAUUCUUUUUUCUGUAUGUUUCAGCCCUGUUCAGCUGUACCCAAGCUGAAUUAGGGCUUAUUUGAUGCACAUGUCAGGUCUGAAAACACAGGAAAAAAAUUAAGCCAUCUCAUGUGAGGUGCUAUUACACAUAAUCAUGCACCAAAGAAAUUCCAGUAUAGUACUGCUCUACCUCAAUUUGGACAAAUGGUCCAGUAUCAUGAAUUAAUGGUGCACACUUGUGACUUGUAGUCUUUAUAGUCUAUGCAAAGUAGAUUAUUAGAAUGUUCAUAUGAAUAGGAAUGUACUGCGCUUUUAGGCGUGAGUAGUGCUCAGUAUUUUUAUGGUUGGGCUGAAGGUGUGGUGUAGCAUGACACAAUGUUCACCACCUAGCAUGAACACACUGUGACAUUAAGAUACAUUUUAUAGUGACAGUUCCGAUCCUGUGCUGGCGUUGGCAGAAAACAUACAUGAACAAAAGUGUUGGUAUUGAGCUUGCAGCAUACAACCAACCUUGUUCUACCUUAGUCAAGCCAUUUCAUUACAGGCGAAGUUUCUAGCAUCAUCUCACCUGCAUGUGACUAAAUUUUAAAAUAAUUCACUGUUGCUACUGGGAAAUCUUUUUAGAAUCAGUGCUGUGCACUACGUAGAUAUUGCUACAGCCUGUCGAUCUCUGUAGUUUUGAGAUCUUUGUAUGCUUUUGUACUGUGCAUAUGUUAUGUUCUCAGGAAUUAAUAUUCUCACAAACCUUUUGUACUUCUGCACAAAAAGAAUGAAGUCUGUUUACAUGUUCGUGAAAUUGUAUUCAAAUUUUGGAAAACACAUGGCUUCUCGUUUA